AUGGGUGACGUUCCAGUUGAAGAGGCACCUUUCCCGCUCACAGACGUCGAUAAGUGGGUCCUCUCACAGACAGAUGAGGAGUUUAAGAAGCAUGGCUGGGAGGAGCUCAAGGAGAUUAUUGCGACGAAUAAGCUCGAGGUUUUGAAGCGAAAGCCGUCCGACCUUCGUCGAUACAUGAAAUGGACGGCCGAGACCAAGGCCGAGUACGGCUCCAUGACCAAGUUCCUUCUCACAAACCGCCUGCCCAAACCCUGGGGCGAACCACCAUUUACCCCCAAGUCUACCGUGCCUUUUGAGGAUCCUUCCGACUACCGCGUUCUUGUGAACGACUGGCCGUAUGGACUUGACCCGAGUAUCACCCAUAUCGUGGUCUGGUCGCGCACCAUCAUCCCUACAGACCCUGAGACCGGGGACAUGACAGUAGAGAGCAGGCGCACUGUCAAGGAUUUUAUUGACAGGUACUUUGUCAAAAAUCUUGGUGAUGUCGAAGAAGACAGGGUUAUCUGGUUCAAGAAUUGGGUCGCCCUUCAGAGCGUGCGGGCCUUGGAGCACAUCCACGUGCUGGUGCGAGACGUCGACCCAGAAGUCAUCAAGAAGUGGUCUGAGGAGCAAUCCUGGCACAGAUAG